GCGGAGGCGGCGGCGGCGAGGAGUGAAGGCGCCCCAUGGGGAACUCGCUGUCUUGUUGCCUGUCCCCCAAUGCCAGCCCCAAGUUGGGCCGGCGCAGGGGGUCAGCGGAGCCGGACUGCGAGUCUGAGGUCUACAAGGCGGCGGCCAGGAACGCGGUGGCAGUAGCUCCGGCGGCGGCUGCCGUGGAACCCGCCGAGUUGGAUUUCGCAGGUGGCGAAGGCCACCACCUGCAGCACAUCAGCGACCGGGAGAUGCCCGAAGACUUAGCUUUGGAACCAAACCCUUCUGACCACCCAAGGGCAAGCACAAUUUUUCUGAGCAAACCUCAAACAGAUGUGCGGGAAGAGAGGAAGAGCAACCAUUUAAACCAUGUAUCUCCAGGGCAGCUUACUAAAAAGUAUAGCUCAUGCUCAACAAUAUUUCUAGAUGACAGCACAGUCAGCCAGCCUAAUCUUAGAACCACAGUAAAAUGUAUGACCUUAGCAAUAUAUUACCACAUAAAGAACAGAGAUGCAGAUAGAUCCUUGGAUAUUUUUGAUGAGAGAUUACAUCCACUCACACGAGAAAAGCUUCCAGAGGAAUACUUCGAGCAUGAUCCUGAACACAAAUGCAUUUACAGAUUUGUUCAUACUCUUUGUAGUGCUGCACAGCUAACUGCUGAAAGUGCAGUAGUAACUUUGGUUUACUUAGAAAGGCUUUUAACUUAUGCUGAGAUCGACAUUUGCCCCACUAACUGGAAAAGAAUUGUUUUGGGAGCCAUUCUUCUUGCCUCCAAGUUUUGGGACGAUCAGGCUGUAUGGAAUGUGGACGACUGCCAGAUCCUCAAGGACAUUACAGUUGAGGACAUGAAUGAGAUGGAAAGGCACUUCCUGGAGCUACUUCAGUUUAAUAUUGAUGUUCCUGUCAGUGUGUAUGCCAAAUACUACUUUGACCUUCGCUCCUUAGCACAUGACAACAACCUGAAUGUUCUAUUCACUCCUCUUAGCAAAGAAAGAGCACAGAACUUAGAGGUCAUUUCCAGAUUGUGUGACGACGAAUACAAAGACGUGUGUAGAGCUGCUAUGAGAAGGUCUUUCAGCGCUGAUCAUUUCAUUGGUAUUCGGCGCUCCAAUGCCAUCCUCUUCUAA